AUGAAAGGCAAAAAUAAUUCAAAUAUUGCCUCUUCUUGGCCAAUUAUUGUGAAUGAAAAUGCGCUUAAUGAAGCUAGCAUUUUGCCUCAUUUAUUGCACGAAGCUAAUGAACAAGCACAACAGCAAGUAAUUGAAACGAUGGAAGAAAACGAGGAUGUCUGCGAUGAAGAUCAGUUACAAAAUAUGAUCGAGAAUUACAGCAAACAUGUAAUUAAGCAGACACAAAAUCAACAAAUGGAACAGAAUAACAGAAAUUCUUUGAAGACUGCUGAAAGAAGUACUAGCCAUUUGCAGAAAAAAAUAACCGCACAACAACAACAAACGCCAAUGAGCCAUUCACAUCCCUGUUUAUUUUUGGAUGGAACAAAAUCGAAUGAAGACAGUGGAAAAAGACCUGACAAUCUUCCCCAACAAACUCCCAAAACAACAACAGAAGUUCCCUUCAAAAAUAAUUUGUAUAAAUCAGAAAGUGAUCGAACAGAAAAAAUAUCGACUAAUCAACAAUUAGAAAAUGAAAAUAAAUUUUUGAAUGGAAUACAGCAACAAAAGGAUGAUCAAAAUUCUACAAAUUUGAUUCAACAAAAACAACAAAUUGAAAAAUUACAACGUAAAUGUAAUCGUUUGGAACAAUUAGAAUCUUCAUACAGAAAAAUAGAAAAAGAUUAUGAAGAAAUGAUGGAAUGUGAAGAAUUAAGUUUAAUAACCUUUUAUAAAUUAGAGCAUCAAUUGAGGUUAUUAGACAUUGAAAAUGAACAAUUAAAAAUUGAAAAUUUUGCUGAAAAUGAUCCAAAAAUUGAUGAAUUUGGUCAAUUGAAGAUUUUGGAAGAAAAAAUUGAAAUUUUGGAAACUUCACUUUUAAAAAGUCAAGAAAAAGCAAAAUUGGCAAAAGAAAGGACAACUUCAAUAAUUCAUUCACAGCAACAAUCAACUUCAAAUAAUUUAAAUAUUUUUGGUUCAAUUUUGGCAGCCAGUCGUUUAAUUGGCGGGGAAAUACAAAAAGUUGGAAAAAUGAAAGCUCAAGAAUUUUUGCCUGUUGGGACAGAAGAAUUAUUUAAUAAAUUAAAUAAAGAAUUGGAUAAUUUAUUAAUUGGGACACCAGAAAAAGGGCAAAAUGAAAAUACUGAGAAAACAGCAACAACGUCUUCCAAGUUUGUUGAUUUAUUGGAUAUUCGACGAUUUAAUGUUUUUUCGAAUGAUUUUGAUCAAUGGUCAAUGUCUGCAACUACUCGGGAUCAAAACAAGGAAAUGUCUCUACCAACAAACAUGAGCGACGAAAAUCGAGAACAAUUGCUUUCGUUAUUGGGCGAUGAAGAGAGAGGAUUUGAUGAAAAUAAUUUUUGUGAAAGCAAAGGAGAAGUUCGAGUUUUGAGACAAAAAAUUAUGCAAAAAAGGAAAAUAAAAAGUCAACCAAGGUCUUUGUUGGAGAAAAGAGCAGCACACAAUUUUAAGUUUGACUUGGCAGAAGAAGAAAAGGAAAAAAUAAAAGAGCCGAUAAGUGAAGAAAGGGAACAAAAAAUAAUGAAAAUUUUAAAUAAAAUAAUUAAUAAGGAAGAGGAAGAAGAGGGGAAUUAUGGGAAGCAAGAAGAACUGAGAAAUGAUAAGGAGGAAGAAAAUGUUGAAUUGGAAGAUGAAGAAAUUGAAGAAAAAUCAACUCAAAUUGAAAUUAAUUUGAUAAAUUUAAAUUCAAAAAAGGAAGAAAAUAGUAAAAAAUAUAUUUAUGAAGAAAAAGUUUUUGAUGAAGAAAAUUAUGGGGAAGAAGAAAAUUCUGUGUUUGAAUGGAUAAUUGAAGAGGAUGAUGGAGAGAUUGGUGUAAUUCCAAGUAUAGAAUUGUCUGAAAUGUUGGGAGAAAUUUCUAUUCUUCCUCCUCUUCCUCAAGAACCUUAUUUACAAGUUUCUUCAACAUCAAGUACUUUAUCUAGCACAAAAUUAACAACAACAAGAACAACAACAUUUUCUCAAUCAAAUAAUUUUUAUAAAAUUAUUAAUAAAAUUUCAAAUUCAAAAUUUUGGAUUUUAUUAAAAAUUCCUUACAAAAUUAAUUAUUUUGAUUAUUGCCAACAUUUUUUAAUUGUUUGUUCAAAAAAUAGAAGGCCUUAUUUUAUGAUGAUUUCAAGUUUGAAAGCUUUACAAGGCAAAAGAUGUUGUUCACCACAAUGGAAUAAAUUGGGAAUAUAUGCUGAUGGAGUUUCUAUAAAUGGUAAGAGGGGGAAUGGGGGGGGGGGAGGAGGAGAGAGGAGAGGGGGGGGGGUUUAG